AUGGAGAAAACUCAACGAGCAACACCACGAUCAAGAACAGCACCGGUCGACCAAAUGGCAACAUUACCACCGACAACAGGUGAUACUCGUGCAAGUUCAACAUCAUCUUCAAGCAAUCAAACAUCAUUAUCAUUUACGGUUGGUUCUUCUAUCUCAAAAAUCAUUCGAUCAUCAUUAUCACCUAAAGAAACUAACUCUUGUUCCAACACAACAGCAGAAAAGAAAUCAAAAUCCAUAUCAAAAACACAAAUUAUCAAUUGUAACAGUGGUCCAAAAAACAAUGAUGGUGAAAGUGAUGAUGAAGCACAUUAUGAUUUACAAACAUGCAUAGAAGAAAGUGGUGGUUUAGAUUAA